AUGUCAGCACUGACUAUCGACGAAGUGGUCCAAAUCGACGACGCGACAGUGCGGUCUCCGCCGGCACUUCUGGGCAGACCAGCAUCCUCAUUGUUGACUCUUCUGUCUUUAGCAUCACCUCCGUCGACUGCCCCGCGACUCGACGAGAGAAACCUCCCCCCUCACCUCGCCUACUCCACCCCGCUGUCCCCCAACUACAAAGGAACCGGAACCUCCAGUCUCCGGAGUCCUCGCAGCUUCCGCCGUACGCCUGAUCUCCUCUACCACCUCGUCCCCAACCCUCCAUGUCUUCCGUCGCGGCCGCAACAUCCCCGCCUCCUGCCUCGUGGAAGUCAAGACCCACAAGGUCAACUACACACCGCUCUUCAACGUCGAAGCUCAGCUGUAUUUCUCGCAAGUCAACAAGUUGUACGUUGCCAAGAACGACAAGGGAGUUUUUCUCCCAGCAACGUCAGCAGGGGCAAUGGCAGCAGCAGCAGGAACCCCGUGCAGGACAAGACGGAAGAUAUCAAGCAAUGA